GGCGGCAGCACACUUCAAUUCGAAACAGUUUAUUCAAAGAGGAAAAAGAGAAGUGUGAAAAUGUCUGGUCGUGGAAAAGGAGGAAAAGGAUUGGGAAAGGGAGGAGCCAAGAGGCACAGGAAAGUUCUUCGUGAUAAUAUUCAGGGAAUUACCAAACCUGCUAUUCGCCGUUUAGCUCGCAGAGGUGGUGUGAAGAGAAUCAGUGGUCUCAUCUACGAGGAAACCCGUGGUGUGCUUAAGAUCUUCCUUGAAAAUGUCAUUCGUGAUGCUGUUACCUACACUGAGCAUGCUAGGAGGAAGACUGUUACUGCCAUGGAUGUUGUUUAUGCACUUAAGAGACAAGGCAGAACCCUCUACGGUUUUGGUGGUUAAUUUUUUUCUUCCAAAUUAGGGUUUUAAUGAGGAUUUCUGUAAAUUGUUGGUUUCUGAUGUAUUAUUGAUCAUGUGAUAUGUUCUUAGUUGUAGUUUAUGUUUUAAUUGAAAUGAGAUUGUUGUUGAAG